GCUCUGAGGGGAGCGCCUCCUCCGCGGGCGGGAUAUCCGCAGUAGUUACCUAGCUAAUAACAUGGCGAAGACUUACGAUUACUUGUUUAAACUACUUUUAAUCGGAGAUUCCGGUGUCGGGAAGACAUGUGUCCUUUUCAGAUUUUCAGAGGAUGCAUUUAACUCAACCUUUAUCUCUACUAUAGGUAUUGACUUCAAGAUUAGAACAAUAGAACUAGACGGCAAGAAGAUUAAGCUUCAGAUAUGGGAUACUGCAGGGCAGGAGAGGUUCAGGACUAUCACAACUGCAUACUACAGAGGAGCCAUGGGCAUCAUGUUAGUGUACGACAUAACUAAUGAGAAGUCCUUUGACAACAUCAAGAAUUGGAUACGAAAUAUAGAAGAGCAUGCCUCAGCUGAUGUGGAAAGGAUGGUCCUUGGAAACAAAUGUGACGUUAAUGACAAACGACAAGUGUCAAAAGAAAGGGGGGAAAGGUUGGCUUUGGAGUAUGGUAUCAAAUUCAUGGAGACAAGUGCAAAGGCAAACAUCAAUGUUGAGAAUGCAUUUUUAACACUCGCUAGAGACAUCAAAGCAAAAAUGGACAAGAAGUUGGAGGGUAAUAACCCACAAGGAAGCAAUCAAGGAGUCAAAAUUACUGAGCAACCCAAAAAGAGCAGUUUUUUCCGCUGCACGUUGCUGUGAGAAGACUGAAAUACCGGCAUCACCAUCGCCUUAAUUGUGCCCCCCUCUGGACAGAACUGGACUCUGCACCCUUAUCUCUGCCUGUCUUCCUCCUUCUUAACAGUUUGUCCAUUCACUGAGCUGCUUUUGUAUACUUCACUUCUACCCCAACAGAAAUUACAUUCUGACUUAAUUUUAUAUCUGAAGCAAUAUCUUUUCAUGUUCGAUAAAAACAAUCCAAAUUUACUCCCUUAAUUUUAUUGGCAUUCAAAGAUAGCACAGUUGCAAAUAUCUUCUAUCUAUCUAUGUUCUCAAACCUCAUCAUAUCUUAAAAAGUGUGCAUUGUGAAACAAAAUAGACUUUCAGAUUUUAGUAUAUCUGAUGUACUGGCUAAUGGCUGUUCCAUUAUAUUUUAGUGCAAGUGUCUGUUUGUAUUUGUACCCAUCUUGUUAAACAGUCUUACUGUUGAGUAAACAUUAGUGACAGCACAUUUUAUUUACAUUUUCAGAAUCUGCAUACAUUUAUCAUUCCACUGAACAUAUAAAUAAUUUCAAAGUGCAAUGCACGCACAGUCCACUUUUUCUUGCAGUAGAGGUGGGCAGUCUGUUUUGCCUUUGGGCACUGAGAUUCCUUUGUAGUUACUUUGUAGAUCAUUUUGUUAUAGUUUGUUGAAGCAAAAAUGAAUGCACCUGAGCUAUUGGCAUUGCAUUAACCUCAGACAGCGCAGGUGUAUUACAAAAGCACCAUUGAGCAGCCACUGUCUUUUUAUGCAGUUCUUUGUCUUUAUUUCCACUGGGGGAACAUGUAGACAUUGGUUUCUGGGCCUUGGGCAGGGGCUGUGUUGUAGCAGUAUUUAUGGAAACAGAAGACACAGCACCAAAAUGACAAAGUGCCCUUUUAUGUUAUUAUUAAUUAUAUGCACUUUUUCUUGUGGUCUUUCUGUACAAAGUUUUUGUGUUUAUUUCAGAGGAAUUCUUAAACUAUGUUGACCAUGUUUAUUGCUUGUCUUAAUUGAAACAAAGAAUAUUUGACCACAUGUACCUCAUCUGGUCUUCCCAAAGACAUCAGAGCAUUGUGUUCAAUGAAGAUAACUGUAAUUAUGUUGUUUGCUUUUUCAACCUUAUCAUUUUUAAUAAUUUGUAUUUCAUGUUUCCAGGUUUUUAUAAAUGUGCUAUUGAUGUUUUUGGAAAUCCCAGAUGCUUCUCCUUUUAUUACUUUCUCUCAGUUUUCCCCUUGUUUGUGACUUGUUUUGGCCCAGUAUUAUGGCCGUUUGAACUAUGCAGUCUGGGUGCUUGGAAAGCCUGACUUGACAAGCUUUAUUUGAGAUUACUAUAAACCCCUGUUGUAUUAAUUAAUUAUUACUCAAAAUUUUAUAUUUUGUUGCUGCUGUGCUUUUGAAGAAAUAGGAAUGCAAAUCACAUCAGAUUCUUGAGAGUAGGUUCAUCUAAUUUAAAGUUUUGCAUAAGAGCCACCGAGUCCAGUCUGGCUGUGCAAACUUUAACCUGUGAAUUUAGUCUCAGAUCUCUGUGACAACUUGGCACAACACAAUCACCAUGGCACAAAUAGAAAAAAACAUUUUUGUGCCUUUUUUGGUCCUGCCCAUUUGACCUGGGAGGCUUUUUAUUUACCAUUCAUUUUAUUUUAUAGGGGAGGAAACAAUUCAGCAAUUGUAAAUAAGAUCUACAAUGAUUGUACUGUAGUUUCAUAAAUCUUAUUGAUCUACACUUUUGUAGAUGUGUUUACUUUUCAUGAUGAAUUAAAAUGAGAUUCUUAAAA